GGUUGCAGUCACACCAUUCAUCAUUCGAUCGUCUGACAGAAUCAGAGAAUUACGGAGCUUCCAGAAAUUUAAAAUGGACAAAAAAAUGUCAAUAAAAGAGAAUGACAAAAAUGGUGUGGAAGCGAAUGGUCAUGUAAAGAAUUCAUCAAAUAUGCAGAAAGAAUCAAAGCAAGCCCUUCCACAAAGAAAAGUAUAUACACAUCGAAAUUCUGUUCUCACAGAUCUGAUGGAAGUCAAUCAUCUACAAACAGUAUACAACAUCAGCGUCGCCGUCUGUACAUUGCUGCUCAUCAAUGCUGCUAUUUAUUACUUGAGCGAGCCUGAAAUGUUUUGGAAAGACACACUGAUAAUGAGGUGGGCCGUUUCGAAGUUAGAUCUGUUUGUGGGAAUAUGGAUUUUGCUACAGCUCUUCGCUUACUUCAUUUACGCCGGUUUCACUCUAUGGCUACAUUUAAGAAACCGGAUAUUUACAAAGGCAAGGUGA